UGCCUGCCUGCCCACUUGUGUAAACGACGACGUAAGAGUAGUUUGGAGAGUGAUAAGUCUUCGAGACGAGGGAGGCAGAAGUAGUAGAAGGAAGGAGAAAUAGAUAUUUGUGUGUUUGAUUUUUUUGAGAAGAAUGGUGAAAUCGACGAGUAAGGAUGCUCAGGAUCUAUUCCGUUCUCUUCACUCCGCUUAUUCCGCUACUCCCACUAAUCUUAAGAUCAUCGACUUGUACGUCGUUUUCGCCGUCUUCACUGCUCUGAUCCAGGUGGCUUAUAUGGCUUUGGUGGGAUCAUUUCCGUUUAACUCAUUCCUAUCUGGAGUCCUCUCUUGUAUUGGAACGGCUGUUCUUGCUGUUUGCCUCCGGAUUCAAGUGAACAAAGAAAACAAGGAAUUCAAGGAUUUGGCACCUGAACGAGCGUUUGCAGAUUUUGUUCUCUGCAACUUGGUCCUCCACUUGGUGAUCAUCAACUUCCUUGGAUAGGUGUCCAUCUCCUAGUCCUAUCUUAAAAUGUUGUUUUCAUGUCAUGGAGCUUUUAGGUGUCACUUUGGUAUCAAAAUUGUAGUUUGAGAUAUUUAUAUUUCUGUCAGAAUCAAACCUUUUUAGACUUUUAGUCUCGAGAACAUUUUAAGCACUAAUGUGACACUGGUCCGCUCAGGCCUGUAUUGUGACACGUGUCAAUAUUAAGAGUCUUUAAGUU